AUGAUGGAGCACUUUCAUAUUUUUAAUUUUAAUUUUCCAUCUUUCUCUCCCCUUAUCCCUGUCUUUCUCUCCCCUUAUCCCUGUCUUUCUCUCCCCUUGGCCCUGUCUUUCUCAGCCCUGUCUUUCUAUCCCCUUGGCCCUGUCUUUCUCAGCCCUGUCUUUCUCCCCUCCUUGGCCUUUCUCAGCCCUGUCUUUCUCCCCCCCCUUGGCCAUGUCUUUCUCAGCCCUGUCUUUCUCCCCCCUUGGCCUGUCUUUCUCAGCCUGUCUUUCUCCCCCCACCCUUGGCCCUGUCUUUCUCAGCCCUGUCUUUCUCCCCCCUUGGCCCUUUCUCAGCCCUGUCUUUCUCCCCCCUUGGUCCCUGUCUUUCUCAGCCCUUUCACCCCCUUGGCCCUGUCUUUCUCAGCCCUGUCUUUCUCCCCCCCUUGGCCCUGUCUUUCUCAGCCCUGUCUUUCUCCCCCCCCCCUGUUUUUUUCUCAGCCCUGUCUUUCUCCCCCCCCCCCUUGGCCUGUCUUUCUCAGCCCUGUCUUUCUCCCCCCUGGCCCUGUCUUUCUCAGCCCUGUCUUUCUCCCCCCCUUGGCCCUUUCUCAGCCCUGUCUUCCCCCCCCCGGCCCUGUCUUUCUCAGCCCUGUCUUUCUCCACCCCCUUGGCCCUGUCUUUCUCAGCCCUGUCUUUCUCUCCACUUAG